CUCAAGGGGUUUCUCUGGCUUGGCCUCUUUGUGCUUCAGUCUGGUAGUUCAGACAUCCAGAGAACAGCCGAAGUAGGAAAAGAAGCCAAGCUUCCUUGCGAAUACAAAAUACCUGCAGGCCAGUCCUUGAAAUCUUACAUCAUCUACUGGCAAAAACCUGCAGAUGGUAAACCUGAUCUGGUUGCAAUAGCUUACAAGAAUGGCCAAAAAAUCAUAAGCUCUACAGACCCAUCUUAUGUGAACAGGACAACAAUGAAUGAGCAGGAUCUUACACUUUCAAUCUCCUCGGUGAAAGUGUCAGAUAUUGGCAAAUACAAGUGCAUCAUCAUAUUGAAGACUGACAAAAUAAGCGAAACCUGUGUUUCCUUAUCUGUGAUGGCUAAUUAUAGCAAGCCUGAAAUACAUGCUGAUGAACCCCAUAAGGUCUGUGGUCCAACUCAGUUGACAUUGAAAUGUUCUUCUCAUGGAGGAUAUCCACGGACUGCAAUGUUUGGCUUAGUCAAUAACGACCUGGCAGAGUGGAGCUAUACUUUCACAAUUGACAACCAAACUGAACUUUUUAAUAUUACUGGCAACUUGAAGCUCAACGUGACAGAAGAAGAUACAGUGGUCCAGUGCUCAGUUGGAUCUGAAGAUUUCAACAUGUCUACCAACUACAGCUUGAGUAGGUUCCUUGGAUUUGAUCCACUUCAUCAGCCUUGA